AUGGCAGCCCCAGGCGGCAAAUUCUUCAUCGACGCCACCCUCGACACCCCCGCCGCACACCACGAAUCCUUCGCCCAGCUGUGGGCCACGAAAUGGAAAGCGCCCGCGGAAAUGGGCGUGUACCCGUUCAUGUUCGGCAGCGCGGCCGACUUCGCGCCCGCGCUCGCCUCGCUCACUGCCGCCGGCGCCCGCGAGCCAUAUGACUGGGACGCGUACGCCGCGGCGUUUUUCCCGGCCGCCGAGCAGCUGCAGGCGCGCGCCGAGGCUGCGCAGGCUGCGGGCCACACCGACGAGGCGAGUGAGUUCAUCCCCGUGUACCACCUCGUACCGGACACCGCAACACCCGAGGCCCCGGCGCCAACGCUGGUCAUCUUCACGGGACUGGACGGGUACCGCACGGAGCUCGCGGUGUGGAUGGAGGGGUGGCGGCGCGUGGGCGUUGCAACGGUGGUGCUGGAGAUCCCCGGGACGGGGGACUGUCCGGCAGACGCAUCGGACCCGCGGAGUGCGGAUAGACUGUAUAGUAGCUUGUUUGCGUGGAUGGACGGGCAGGCGCGGCUCGACGCAGCGCGCACGGCGGUGUGGGGGUUCAGCACGGGCGGGUUCUACGCGAUGCGGGUUGCGCACACGCACGCGGGGCGGCUGGCGGGCGUGGUCGCGCUGGGCGGCGGGUGCCACCACAUGUUCGACGAGAGGUGGUUGAGCAGUGUAAACCACCUCGAGUACCCGUUUGACCUGGCGGACACGCUGGCGUGGAAGUGGGGCUACGGCGGGGACGUGGCGGGCUUCAAGCGCGAGGCGCAAGGCAAGUUCUCGCUGCUGGCGGACGGCACGCUGGAUAUGCCCGAGUGUGCGCGGCUGCUGCUGGUCAACGGCACCGAGGACGAGGUGUUCCCCAUCGACGACUACUAUCUGGCGCUGCAGCACGGGGCGCCCAAGGAGGCGCGGUUUGUCGCGGGCACGAAGCACAUGGGCGAGCCGGCGAGCUUCUUCGUGUGCAUCAAGUGGCUGUACAAGCUGUUUGGGAUCGAGGCGGACGUGGUCGCGCAGCUGCAGACGCUGCCGUUCAAGGCGAAGUACUGA